UUACCCAGACGAUAUCGCGUAUAAUUGCGAUCUUUCUGGCCACCUAAAGUCCCUCAUCUUACGUACAUACUUGAAAAGACGCCGGAAAAAAAAAGAGACCCCUCUUCCUUCUUCCCCCCCGCUUCUGCUCGUCUUCUAGCCCUGCCGACUCACCAACCACCCGUUUCCGGUCUAUCUAUCAGUGUUUACUCUCUGGUCCUAGCUCCGUUGUCCGCUAAGUCGCCGUUGUUCGUUCCUCGCUCAACCCACCACCACCCAUCCCAUCGUCCCACCAUCCCACCAUCAACCUUGCCCAGUCUUCUCCGAUCUUCUUCGCCGUGCUAGAUAAAUUCACCGAAAAAAGCACAUUUCAAUACCAACACAAUCGAAAUGGCCAUCACCAAGAUCCACGCUCGCUCGAUCUACGACUCUCGCGGUAACCCCACCGUCGAGGUCGAUGUUGUCACCGAGACCGGUCUUCACCGUGCUAUUGUGCCUUCCGGUGCUUCCACUGGUCAGCACGAGGCUGUUGAGCUCCGUGACGGCGACAAGAGCAAGUGGGCUGGAAAGGGUGUUCUCAAGGCUGUUGAGAACGUCAACUCCGUCAUUGCCCCCGCUGUCAUCAAGAAGAACCUCGAUGUCAAGGACCAGGCCGCCGUCGACGCUUUCCUGAACUCCCUCGAUGGCACCGCCAACAAGGGAAAGCUCGGUGCCAACGCCAUCCUCGGUGUUUCCCUGGCUAUCGCGAAGGCUGCUGCCGCUGAGAAGGGUAUCCCUCUCUACGCUCACGUCGCGGACCUUGCCGGAACCAAGAAGCCCUAUGUUCUUCCCGUUCCUUUCAUGAACGUUCUCAACGGAGGAUCCCACGCUGGUGGUCGUCUCGCUUUCCAGGAGUUCAUGAUCGUCCCCUCUGCUGCCCCUACCUUCACGGAGGCUAUGCGUCAGGGUGCCGAGGUCUACCAGAUCCUCAAGUCUCUGGCCAAGAAGAGGUACGGACAGUCUGCCGGCAAUGUCGGAGACGAGGGUGGUGUCGCUCCCGACAUCCAGACCGCUGAGGAGGCCCUUGACCUCAUCACCGACGCCAUCGAGCAGGCUGGUUACACGGGUACCAUCAAGAUCGCCAUGGACGUUGCCUCUUCCGAGUUCUACCGUGAGGGCAAGUACGACCUGGACUUCAAGAACCCUGACUCCGACCGCUCCAAGUGGUUGACCUACCAGGAGCUGGCCGCCCUCUACAAGAGCCUCGCUGAGAAGUACCCCAUCGUCUCGAUCGAGGACCCCUUCGCCGAGGACGACUGGGAGGCCUGGUCCUACUUCUUCAAGACCUCCGACUUCCAGAUCGUCGGUGAUGACUUGACCGUAACCAACCCCGAGCGCAUCAAGACCGCCAUCGAGAAGAAGGCGUGCAACUCGCUCCUCCUCAAGGUCAACCAGAUCGGUACCCUCACCGAGUCGAUCCAGGCCGCCAAGGACUCUUACGCCGCUGGCUGGGGUGUCAUGGUCUCCCACCGCUCCGGUGAGACUGAGGACGUGACCAUCGCCGACAUCGUCGUUGGACUCCGUGCCGGCCAGAUCAAGACCGGUGCUCCCGCCCGUUCCGAGCGUCUCGCCAAGCUCAACCAGAUCCUCCGUAUCGAGGAGGAGCUCGGUGCCAAUGCUGUCUACGCUGGUGAGCACUUCAGGACUGCCGUCAACAUUUAAAUCUUUUGUAAUCUUUCUGGUGUUUUUCUUUCUCCUUUUCUUUUCGUUUCGGGUGUUUUCCUCUUUUCUUUUGUUAUUGGGAUGGGAUGGGAUGGGAUGGGGAUGGGGAUGGGGGGUUUUUUUUCCCUGGGGGAAAAUUUGUGAUGAUAAUAGGUACAUAU